AUGUCGGAACGUCUGAAAGAAAAGGAGUUGCCGCGUUUUAGUGGAGCUCUGCGAGCAAACACAGAUUUGGAAGCAAAGCUAGCUCUUGCAGUUGACAGGGAGGAAGAGGAAACCAAACGCCAAGAACGGAAUUCGUUUUUGAAAACGCAAGGCGAAAAAGAGCAAACACUUGGCGAUGUCUUGAAACAAAUGCCGUCAGAUCGUCAAGAUCAGGUUAAAAUUCAUUUGCAGAAAUUAAGAAAUCUAGUGCAAGAAUGUAUGGGCUAUGAUGAACAGCCCAAGGUGGUGGAACAUGCCACUCUAUUUCUCUUUUGGUUGAUGUUGGAUCAAAAGGUCAUCACUGUGGCGGCCACAAUGCGUAUACGUAGCAUUUUUGGCACGAUAUUCGGCAACAGGUUGGCCAUUAUACAUCAAACGGUUAGGUCCAUACGUGAGCUACUGGAAGACUAUGAAGUGGAAGAUUUAAAAGAUUGGAACAAAGGCAAAAGUAAAUCAAAGAAGGGGCAAAAACUCUGGGGUGACCACAUCAAAGUGAAAUUCCAAAAUAUGCCACUGGAAGAGUUGAGUAAUCUCAUGGAUUUGGCACCCAACACGGGGAAUAAAAAUGCUGCAUCUCUUGGUUUUUCCAUGCAAUGGAAUCAACUGGAUCCAUCAUCAUCCUCCGCCUCCUCCACUUCCAAAUAUCAUAAAGUUGUGCAAACAUUUUUGGAAAUGUCACAAAAGGAAGAACAAUCCCACUACAUUAUCAGCCUUACCGAACUAUUGAAUUCGAAAAAAUCCAAUGUGGAGUUACAAAAUGAUCUCAUUGAGCUGCUGGGCUUUGAUCAUUUCGAUUUGGUACAACAGGUCCUGAAGGAUCGUAAUAAAAUCGCAACUCAAUUACAGGAACUGGAACAACAAGAAAAACGCCAGAAACGCUCCAAACAAUUACAACAAAAACAACACUCCAAUAAACUGACAAAUGGCAACGAAUUAAGACCCACAGUGGCUUCGCAGGUGGUUGUACAAUCGGCCCUGGAAAAAGAACUCAGCAAACAGACACGUCGCGAGGAAAAGAAAAUGCAACGUCUAAUGCAAAGUUUAGGUCGUUCCGAUACCGCCGAUGAAAAUGAUCAAGCCCAAGCCCUCAAUCCAAUGCAGCUGCGAUUACAACAACAAAAACGUAUGCUUGAGGUGGCCCAACAUCAGCCACUGCUAAAAAAUACCCAAGAUUUAAAGGAAUUCCGUUCGACAUUACCACCCCAAAUACGUUAUCCUUAUGUCUUCGAUAGUCAAUUGGAGGCGAAACAACAUGCCGGCUUUAUAGGCGGUAAUCGUAUAUCACUACCCGAGAAUGCCGAACGCAUAGACUCGCGACAAUAUGAGGAGGUGAAAAUACCCGCCACUGAACCACCACCAUUAAGUGUAGGCAACAAUCGCAUCAAUAUUUCCGAUCUAGAUGAAAUUGGGCAAAUGGCAUUUGCCAAUUGUAAACAAUUGAAUCGCAUACAAUCGGUAGUCUAUCCCGUGGCCUAUCAUAGCAAUGAAAACAUGUUGGUUUGUGCCCCUACUGGUGCGGGUAAAACCAAUGUGGCUAUGUUGACCAUUGUCCAUACGAUUCGACAGCAUUUGGAAAAUGGUAUCAUUAAUCGGGAUCAAUUUAAAAUAGUCUAUAUCGCCCCAAUGAAAGCUUUAGCUUCUGAAAUGGUGGAUAACUUCUCAAAACGUCUAAAGGAGUUGAAUAUUGUGGUAAAGGAAUUGACCGGCGAUAUGCAAUUGUCGAAAACGGAAAUGCAACAAACUCAGAUUUUGGUAACAACACCAGAGAAAUGGGAUGUUGUAACGAGGAAAGGUGCGGGUGAUGUUGCCCUAAUUAGCUUGGUCAAAUUAUUAAUUAUUGAUGAAGUCCAUUUGUUGCAUGGUGAACGUGGUCCCGUUGUUGAGGCCCUCGUAGCACGUACUCUCCGUUUAGUCGAAUCUUCACAGAGUAUGAUACGUAUUGUCGGCCUAUCGGCUACCCUACCCAAUUACAUAGAUGUAUCGAAUUUCUUACGUGUUAAUCCAAUGAAGGGUCUAUUCUAUUUCGAUAGUCGUUUUCGUCCGGUACCCUUGGAUACGGCGUUCAUUGGUGUCAAGUCGGUUAAACCUCUGCAACAAUUGGCCGAUAUGGAUCAAAUCUGUUAUCAAAAAUGUUUGGAGCAAGUGCAACAGGGUCAUCAGGUUAUGGUGUUUGUACAUGCCCGCAAUGCCACGGUGCGAACAGCGACCACCUUACGUGAAUUGGCACAACAAAAUAAUACAAGUGCUUCAUUUUUACCCGAUACCACCAAUAAUAACUAUGGUCUAGCGCAAAGGGCAAUACAGAAAUCGCGGAAUAAACAAUUGGUAGAGCUUUUUGCGGCCGGCUUUGCCAUGCAUCAUGCCGGUAUGUUGCGUACCGAUCGUCAAUUGGUUGAGAAAUAUUUUGGUGAGGGUCACAUCAAGGUGUUGGUUUGUACCGCCACCUUGGCUUGGGGUGUAAAUUUACCCGCCCAUGCUGUUAUCAUUAAGGGUACCGAUAUCUAUGACUCCAAACAUGGCUCAUUUGUGGACUUGGGCAUCUUGGAUGUACUGCAGAUUUUUGGUCGUGCUGGCCGUCCACAAUUUGACAAAAGUGGUCUGGGUACCAUCAUAACCACCUAUGACAAACUCAAUCAUUAUCUUUCCCUGUUGACCAAUCAAUUCCCCAUUGAAUCGAAUUUUGUACAAUUUUUGGCCGAUAACCUAAAUGCCGAAAUAACCCUGGGCACCAUUUCCAAUGUUGAGGAGGCUGUGGAAUGGUUAAGUUAUACUUAUCUCUUUGUUCGUAUGCGCAUCAAUCCCCACGUCUAUGGCAUUGAAUAUGCUGAAGUUUUAAAUGAUCCCCUACUGGAGGAGAAGCGAAGAGCUCUUAUUAUUGGUGCUGCCAUGAGUUUGGAUAAAGCCCGUAUGAUUCGUUUCAAUCAGCGAACUAUGGACUUCAAUGUUACCGAUUUGGGUCGUACGGCAUCACAUUUCUACAUUAAAUACGAUACGGUAGAAAUAUUUAAUGACCUCCUAAAACCAUUUAUGUCGGAGGCCGAAAUCUUUGCCAUGAUUUCACAGGCUCAAGAAUUUCAACAGCUAAAGGUGCGCGAUGAUGAAAUGGAAGAAUUGGAUGAAUUGCGCCACAACUACUGCAAGGUCAAGGCGUUCGGUGGCAGUGAAAAUGUUUGCGGCAAAGUUAAUAUUCUAAUGCAGACGUAUCUCUCGCAUGGCUAUGUCAAAUCGUUCUCCCUCGUCUCGGAUAUGUCGUAUAUUGUACAGAAUAUCGUGCGUAUUUGUCGUGCCUUGUUCUCAAUUGUUCUGCGUAAUAAUAACGCCAUUUUAUCCGGUCGUAUGCUGCAAAUUUGUAAAAUGUUCGAGAAGCAACAAUGGGAUUUUGAAACCCCAAUGCGUCAAUUUGGCAAUCUGAAUGCUGAGACUAUCGAUAAAUUGGAAAGUCGCGGUAUUAGUUUGUAUACCCUGCGGGAAAUGGAACAAAACGAAUUGAAAGAGAUUUUACGUAAUCCCAGAAAUGCGGAGCAGGUAUUACGGGCAGCCCGGGAGUUGCCAAUGCUUGACAUUGAGGCCACCUUGCAACCGAUAACACGUACAGUGUUGCGUAUUAAAAUCGAUAUAUGGGCAAAUUUCAAUUGGAAUGAUCGUGUACAUGGCAAAGUUAGUGAAAGUUUUUGGUUAUGGAUUGAGGAUCCGGAAACGAAUUUCAUCUAUCAUUCGGAAUUGUUUCAGGCCACCCGGAAAUUUGUCUUCAGCGGUAAACCGCAACAGCUCGUCAUGACGAUACCAUUGAAAGAACCACUGCCACCACAAUAUUAUAUACGCGUUGCCAGCGAUACAUGGCUGGGCAGUAACGCCUGGACAGCAAUGACUUUCAAACAUUUGGUUCUGCCCGAACAUCAUCCCCCAUUAACGGAACUCUUGCCUUUAAAUCCACUGCCAGUUAGUUGUCUGCAAAAUCCCCUCUAUGAAUCCCUUUACAAUUUCUCACAUUUCAAUCCAAUACAAACACAAAUAUUCCAUUGUCUCUAUCAUACGAAUAACAAUGUUCUGUUGGGUGCCCCCACGGGGUCGGGUAAAACAAUUGUUGCCGAAAUUGCAAUGUUUCGGGCAUUCAAUAUGUCACCCAAGGCGAAAGUAGUAUAUAUCGCUCCGCUAAAAGCUUUAGUUAAGGAACGUAUCAGCGAUUGGAAGAAACGUUUUGAGGCUGGACCUCUGCGUAAGAAGGUAGUUGAACUUACCGGUGAUACAACACCGGAUAUUCAAGCGAUACGAGAGUCGCAAGUUAUUGUGACAACUCCCGAGAAAUGGGAUGGUAUAAGCCGUUCGUGGCAGACACGAGAAUAUGUCCAGGAUGUUGUGCUAAUUGUUAUCGAUGAAAUUCACUUGCUGGGUGAAGAUCGUGGUCCGGUUAUUGAGGUGAUUGUUUCGCGUACAAAUUUCAUAACAUCACAUACGGGGCGGAAUAUUCGCAUUGUUGGAUUGUCGACAGCAUUGGCAAAUGCCCAGGAUUUGGCCAAUUGGUUGGGCAUCAAACAAAUGGGAUUGUAUAAUUUUAAGCCAUCGGUGCGACCGGUACCGUUGCAGGUUCACAUAAAUGGGUUUUCAGGAAAACACUAUUGUCCACGUAUGGCCACCAUGAAUCGUCCAACAUUCCAGGCUAUACGCACAUAUUCCCCCACAGAUCCGGCCAUUGUUUUCGUCUCGUCGCGUCGACAAACCCGCCUAACUGCCUUAGAUUUAAUAACAUUUGUGGCCGGCGAUGAAAAUCCCAAACAGUUCCUCAACAUGGAAGAGUACGAAAUGCAACAAAUUUUGCAGGACAUAAAAGAUUCUAAUUUGAAAUUCUGUCUUGCCUUCGGUAUUGGCCUGCAUCAUGCCGGUCUACAGGAACAAGAUCGUAAAACAGUUGAAGAACUCUUCCUAAAUCGUAAAAUCCAAGUGCUCAUUGCCACCGCAACAUUGGCAUGGGGUGUUAAUUUACCCGCCCAUUUGGUGGUCGUAAAGGGUACGGAAUAUUUUGAUGGGAAGGUUAAGAAAUAUGUUGAUAUGCCCAUAACAGAUGUCCUCCAAAUGAUGGGUCGUGCCGGACGUCCACAAUUCGAUAAUGAAGGUGUGGCCGUGGUGUUGGUUCAUGACGUUAAGAAAAACUUUUACAAAAAGUUCCUCUAUGAUCCAUUCCCCGUGGAGUCAAGUCUAUUGGAGGUAUUGCCCGAGCAUAUAAAUGCUGAAAUUGUUGCGGGUACUGUACAAACAAAACAGGCGGCCUUGGAUUAUUUGACCUGGACAUUCUUCUUCAGGAGAUUACUAAGAAAUCCUACCUAUUACAAUUUGGAAGGUCUGGAACCAAGUCAGGUAAACACAUUCCUCUCGUCGUUGGUGGAAAAGGUAAUCUAUGAAUUGGAAGCAGCCGCUUGUGUCGUACAAAAUGAACAUUUACUGCUACCGACAUUUUUGGGACGCAUUGCUUCGUUCUAUUAUUUGUCAUAUCGCACAAUGAAACAUUUCCUGGAUGAUUUGGAGCCGCAGAUGUCAACAUCGGAUAUUUUGCUGGCCAUUGCCGAUUCCUAUGAAUUUGAUCAACAGCCUGUACGUCACAAUGAAGAUAAAUAUAAUGAAGAAAUGGCAGAUGUGGUGCGUUAUCGUCCCCGUUCGCCAACAUGGGAUUCUCCCUAUACCAAAACGUUCCUCUUGCUACAGGCUCAUUUUUCAAGAUUAGGAUUGCCUAAUUCUGAUUAUCUAACAGAUACAAAAUCGGCAUUGGAUAAUGCAACACGUGUUAUGCAGGCCAUGGUCGAUUACACAGCGGAACGUGGAUGGCUUUCGCCCACCUUGAAAAUACAACAAAUAAUGCAAAGUGUAAUACAGGCACGAUGGUUCGAUGAAAGUGAAUUCCUGACACUGCCGCACGUCAACAAUUCCAAUGUCCAUCUGUUCUAUAAUAUAGCACACAAUUAUGAAUAUCUAACACUGCCGGUAUUGAAAGAUAUUUGUCGAAAUGAUUAUGAAAAAUUGGCCGGUCCAUUACGAGAUAUGUUCGAAGAGCCAGAAAUUGAACAAAUCUAUAAGGUUGUACAAGAUUUGCCAGAAAUUGCAGUUAACAUAUUUGUGCAAGGUCGCAAUUACGAAGAAGAAGAGUCUCUACGACCUGUCAGUACAGAUCCUAAAUCGAAUGUCUGGACCGAAAUACAUCCGAAUGAGGAUUAUGUUCUAUGUAUCGAUAUGGAGCGUUUGAAUGUUAAACGCCAAUUCAACACUCAAAUACAUUGUCCCAAAUAUCCCAAGGGUAAAAAGGAGGCAUGGUUUUUGACACUUGGCUCCCAAGGCAAUGACGAGCUGCUGGCCAUGAAACGUAUCAAUAUGCGUGGCCUGAAAUCAUCAAAUCGGAUAACUUUCCAAUGCCCACCACGGCGAGGACGUUUGCUACUAACCCUCUAUUUAAUUUCCGAUUGUUUAAUCGGAUUCGAUCAACAAUUUGAUUUACAAUUUGAAGUUGUCGAUCCGAAACAAGUAUAG